CACGACGGCAAGAUGGCGGAGCGCGCGGCGCGGGGGCCGCCGGGAGUUGUAGUCCACGUUUGCAAGAUGGCGGAGCGCGCGGCGCGGCUGCAGGAGGAGGCGCUGCACAGGAGGGAGCGUCUACGGGCACUGAGGGAGCGCCGGUUCCAGAACAAAGGCAAAGAUGAAGCAGAGCCAGAAACUAAGCAUCUCAGAGAAGACGAAGAUGAGAAAGAAAUCAAACACAGAGAAUUAAAGCUUCGCAACUAUGUGCCGGAGGCUAAAGAACUGAAAGAUCGACUUGUGCCCAAUGCUAAGCCGGCCUCAGUGGAGGAGAAGGUGCGGGAGCAGCAGGAAGCAGGGAAGCCUGUCCCUGUCAUCGAAGAAGUGGACUUGGUGAACCUUGCUCCCCGGAAGCCUGACUGGGAUUUGAAAAGGGAUGUGGCGAAGAAACUAGAAAAGCUGGAGAAGAGAACGCAGAGGGCCAUCGCAGAACUGAUCCGGGAGAAACUAAAGGACAAUGAGGAGGACCUGGCGUCUGCCGUUGGAGCGGUGAAGCAGGAGGAUUAUGACUCUGAGUGAAGCAGGGUUGUUUCUGGCCUGAAGAAGGGUCUCGACCAAAUAUGUUAACUAUUCCUUCUCUACAGAGAUGCUGCCUGACCUGCUGAGUAACUCCAGCUCUUUGUGCCUGUGUUCAGUUUAAACCAGCAUCUGCAGUUCCUUCCGACACGGUUGGUUUAAAUGUCUGUGUGUCUGUCUGUGCAUGCAGUGUGUGUGUGUGUGUGCAUCUGUGUGUGCCUGUCCAUCUGUGUGAGCUUGUGUGUGUGCGUGCGUGUGUGUAUGUGGAUGUCUGUCUGUGUUUGGCGGAUGUGGCCACAUGUGUGUGCGUGCAUGUAUGGCUAUCUGUGUGUGUGGCUGUUUGGGUGUGUGUGCGGCUGUGUGUGUAUGUGUGCAUGUAUGUGCGUGUGUAUCUGAGUAUGUGCGUGUGUAUGUGGCUGUAUGUGUGUGUUUGUGUGAGUGCCCGUGUGCACCAGUGUGUGUGUGUGUGUCCCCCUUUGUGCGUGCGUGUGCGGCUGUGUGUGUGCGCGCGUAUGUGGCUAUCUCUAUGUGUGCGUUUGUCUGAGUGUCUAUGCACCAGUGUGUGUGUGUCUGUCUGUCUGCCUGUGUGCGUGUGUGGCUAUCUAUGUGUGUUUGUCUGUCUACGAGUCUGUGUGCCUCUCUGUCUGUGCACCAGUGUGUAUGUGUGUCUGCCUGCCUGCCUGGGUGUGUGUGUUUGUCUGUGAGUGCACCUGAGAGAGUUAGUCAUGUUGUGAUUACCUGUUUCCAUCAGUCAGGUAGAAACAAGGAACUGCAGAUGCUGGUUUAUACUAAAGGACUCCGGCAGCAUCACCAGAGAACAGGGAUAGGUGACAUUUAUUGUCGGGACCUUUCUUCAGACACCAGACUGAAGACGCCUGCCGAGACGUCACCAAUCCAUGUUCUGCGGGCAUGCUGCCCGACCUGCCGAGUUACUCCAGCAUUUUGUGUCCUGUUAGGUUAUUAAUAAGCAGAUUCCUCUUUUGUUUAAUCCCCAAGUUUUGUGGGGUUUUGACAGUCUUUGUACGAAUGCUAGUGCUGAUUUACAAUAAAAGAACAAACAAAA